UAGUAUAAAACAAAGUCGCUUUCGCUGUAUGUCCGUAUGUAUGCAUAGAUCUUUAUAACUACGCAACGGAUUUUGAUGCGGUUUUUUUUAAUAGAUAGAGUGAUUCUUAAGGAAGGUUUGUAUCCUUACAUAGUAUAAAACAAAGUCGCUUUCGCUGUAUGUCCGUAUGUAUGCAUAGAUCUUUAUAACUACGCAACGGAUUUUGAUGCGGUUUUUUUUAAUAGAUAGAGUGAUUCUUAAGGAAGGUUUGUAUGUAUAAUAAAUGCAUAAUAUAGUAGAGAAACACUGAUAAAUUUAAAGGUUUCUAAUGUGAUGUCGUAAAUAAGAACGUUUUUUUGCGCUUAUAUUGCAAACGCUGGCUGAACCCUACGAGAUAGACCAAAAUAAUGUACUACAGUAUCGUUCACCUUAAAAAGUUCAACAAAAAAGUCCGCGAUGGUAUAUGUCUAUCUCUUAGGGAUAACCCAGCAUAACCAUUUUUAUUCUUUACUAAAAAAUGGUUAUUUACGAAGUGAUUUUAAACAAUACAGCAUUAAUCCUUAUCCAAUUAAGUACCUUAAAUAAAUUGUGCAUUUAUUAUAGAUCAAUAUGCUUUUUACAGCAUGUAAUUUAAGUGAAUAUUACCGAAGAUAUUACAAAUUUAUUAUAUUAGUAGUAUUGUAAGUACAUUAGGUUAGAUAUGAUUAGCUUAAAACCAUAUUUCUUGGUAUUUCUUCCAUUAAGACUUUGAUUUGAAUUUAGAGUUAAGGCUAUUUAGUAUUAGGGCGAGCAUUUUCAAUAGAAGAACUGAAUAGAAUAGGUAUAUUUUGUUGUUGAUAAUCUUUUGUUUUUGUAAUAUAUUAAUUAACUAUAAAUAUAUUCUUUGACAUAAAUUACAUACUCUUAUAAAAGAUAAAUUAACGAAUAGUAAGUAAAUAUUUUUCACUCCAGCACUAACCAAUAAUUAGUGCAAUUAGUUCAUAAUCAUACGUAUAGUUUUAAGUUGUGAGUUUAAUCAAGUACUGAGUACCUAAGUAUAAAAUUUUGAACAGACAUUAUAAAGUCAUGUCCGGAAGACGUCGUCGUGCGAACAUAGGUCGUAGUACAGUGAAUGCCAGAAGAGCACGUUCAGCAAGAGAUGAAGAAUCGUCAACGGAACGCGAGGCUCGCCUCAGCCAGCUCCGAGAAAGAAAUAGAACUGCGAGAGAAAGAGAAUCCUCAAUGGAGCGUGAGGCUCGCCGCAGCCAGGAUCGGGUUAGACGUAGAGUUCAGAGAGCCAGAGAAUCCUCUGUAGAUCAUGAGGCUCGCCUCAGCCAGAAUAGAAAUCGAAUACAGAGAACGAGAGAAUCAGCACAGACACAUAGUAACGCUGAACAAAACGGACAACCGAUCAGCCACAGAUGGGUAAAUAAAGAAUAUUCUGCCAUGAAUUACGAUCCUUUGAUUUGUUACAAGGAUGAUCGUAUUGUGUCCAUAGGUACUAUGUCAGUAGUGUGUGAAUAUUGUUUGGCAUUGAAGUUCAAGGACGAAUCGAAAGGUUUGUGUUGCUUACAAGGAAAAGUAAAAUUAGAAGAAAUUCUUCCUCCACCUGAACCACUUCACUCUCUGCUUACGGGUGAUCAUCCGAAAUCCAAACAAUUCAUACGCAAUAUCCGCCGUUACAAUAACGCAUUUCAAAUGACGUCUUUCAAAAGUAAGCAAGUUGUUGAGCGCGGUUUUAUGCCUACAUUUAAAAUUCAAGGGCAAGUGUAUCACUUGGCUGGGAGCUUGCUACCACUUCGACCAGAUGAUCACAAAUUUCUGCAAAUUUAUUUUAUUGCAGACCCAGAUACACAAGCAUCAACGCGGUGUUCGAUUGUCGCACAGCCAAUAGAUAUAGAUUUGAUCAGAUCUCUUCAAGAUAUGUUACAUUCUCAUAACAGCUACAUUCAGUCUUUUAAAACUGCUAUUGAGAGUGUUCCAGUAGAUACUCCAGACUACAAUGUCGUAAUCCAUGCAAAUAAAGUUCCUGUUGGAGAACACAGAGGGCGAUAUAAUGCGCCGUCCACGAGUGAAGUAGCAGUGGUAAUAGCUGGACAGCAAUUCGACAAAAGAGAUAUUGUGUUGCGCAGUCGUGAUGAUAAUUUGCAAAAAAUAUCAGAGUUACACAGAUCUUAUGACAGCUUACAAUAUCCUUUGAUGCUAUGUCGCGGAGAAGAUGGUUAUACCAUUAAUGUUCCUCAAGUUGACCCAACCAGUAGUGCACCUCUGCGUAAGACAGUGUCGUGUAUGAACUACUAUUGCUACCGUAUAAUGACAAGACAAAACAAUUUCAACUCUUUGCUUAGAUAUGGAAUGUUGACAAACCAAUACUUUGUCGAUCAAUAUGCGAAAAUUGAAUCUGAGAGAUUGGCUUACAUUCGUAACAAUCAAACUAAAUUGAGAGCAGAAAAUUACGUUCACCUUCAGGAUGCUUUACAGGCGAAUGAACACAGCAACAACAUUGGACAGUUGGUUAUACUACCUUCAUCAUUCACAGGUGGACCUCGAUAUUUACAUGAAAAAUCACAGGACGCAAUGACUUAUGUCAGACAUUACGGUAAACCUGAUUUAUUCAUUACUGCAACAUGUAACCCAAAUUGGCCAGAAAUCAAAGAAAAUAUUAAUACCAAUUUAACUCCACAAGACAGAUAUGAUAUAGUUAAUAGAGUCUUCCAUUUAAAAGUACAGAAACUCCUACACCUCAUUAACAAGUCUCAUAUAUUCGGUCCGCCGCGCUGUCAUAUGUACACUAUAGAGUGGCAGAAACGUGGUUUGCCACAUGUACAUCUGCUGGUGUGGUUAGUGAACAAAAUUAGACCAAAUCAAAUCGACAGCGUAAUUUCAGCUGAAUUACCGGUUAAGGAAGAUGAUCCCGUCCUGUUUGAAAUAGUAAAAAAACACAUGGUACACGGUCCCUGCGGGACUUUAAAUCGUAAUUCUGCAUGUAUGCGAGAUUCCAAAUGCAGCAAAAAAUUUCCGAAGCCGUUUCAAAUACAAACAUCUACUAGCGAUGACGGAUAUCCCAAAUAUCGACGACGAUCGCCAGAUCAGGGUGGGCAAAGUGCCACAGUCGGAAACUACGAUAUUGAUAACCGAUGGAUCGUUCCACAUAAUCCGCUCCUUUUAAAAAUUUUUGAUGCCCACAUCAACGUCGAGUUGUGCAGUUCAAUAAAGUCGAUCCAAUAUGUUACUAAAUACAUUAAUAAAGGUAGCGAUCAAGCUACUUUCAGCAUACAAUCACCAAAUGAAGUGGAAACAUAUCAGUCUGGACGUUACAUAUGCAGUUCUGAAGCAGUAUGGAGGAUGUUAUCAUUCGAAGUUCACGACCGAGCUCCCACUAUUGUCCACCUUGCAGUUCAUUUAGAAAAUGGACAAAGAGUAUAUUUCACUGAGAACAAUAUACAAGAAGUUGUCUAUAACCCGCGGGACACUACAUUAACAGCAUUCUUCAAGUUAUGCGCUCAAGAUGAUUUCGCGAAAACACUGACAUAUGACAGAGUUCCAACUUACUAUACAUGGAACCAGAGUUCUAAAACAUUCCAACGACGAAAACAAGGAACUGCGGUCGAUGGUUUCCCCGGAAUAAAAAAAACUGAUGCUCUUGGUAGAGUCUACGCGAUUCAUCCCAACAACAGCGAAUGCUUUCAUUUGAGAAUGUUACUCCAUGUUGUAAAAGGCCCGACAUCCUUUGCACACCUGAGAACUGUACAAGGUGUUAUUUACAAUACUUAUCAAAUGGCAUGUAAAGCUAUGGGACUCUUGGAAGACGAUUCUCACUGGGAAAAUACAUUAUCAGAAGCAGCUAUUUGCAGUUCCGCUACAUCAUUAAGAUAUUUAUUUGCCAUCAUAGUUGCGUUUUGUCAAGUAACUGAUUCUGUUAGUCUAUGGAAUAAAUUUAGAGAAAAUAUGGCCAGUGAUAUUCUGAUUCGGCAACGGCGAGAAUUAGUUUCAGAUGAUUUACAAUAUGACCAAAACAUAUUUGAUGAAGCAUUAUUUGAAUUGAACAAAGUAGUGCAACUACUGACGAGUAAAUCGAUCAAUGAUUUUGGACUGCCGAUGCCAGCUAAUAUUAACUCAGAUUUAACGAAUAAUGCCGAAUACACAAGAGAAACAUCAUACGAUCAAUCGAAACUUUUACAAAAUAUAGCCCAAGAUGAGCCACGAUUGAACAUCGAUCAGAAAAAAGUAUUUACUACAUUACUAUCAUCAAUUGAUAACAAUGAAGGAAAAAUAUUUUUUCUUGAUGCCCCAGGAGGUACAGGUAAAACAUUUUUAAUUAAUUUGCUUUUAACAAAAGUCAGAUCCACCGGAAAAAUUGCAUUAGCUGUCGCGUCAUCCGGCAUUGCUGCUACGCUUUUAGAAGGAGGCCGAACUGCACACUCUACAUUCAAGCUCCCGCUGAAAAUCGCUACCGAUGAUAAUAAAAGCGUCUGUAGUAUUUCUAAACAGAGCAAUACAGGAAAAUUGAUCCGUGACUGCUCAUUAAUAGUCUGGGAUGAAGCCACCAUGUCAAACAAGACAUCUGUGGAAGCACUGGAUAGGACAAUGCGCGAUUUGCGCAGUAAAAAUGCACCUAUGGGUGGAUGUACAAUUCUGUUCUCUGGAGACUUUCGUCAAAUCCUACCGGUUGUCCCUAGAGGAACACGUGCGGACGAAAUAAAUGCUUCCCUAAAAAGAUCCAACCUUUGGCCAUACGUUAAUAAGUUAGAGCUUAAAACUAACAUGAGGCUUUCAUUAUCUUCACGUGAGAACAGGCUUUUUUCAGAGAUGCUGCUAAAAGUUGGCAAUGGAAAGUUAACUCAAAGUGAUGGAAGGAUUAACCUAGAUAACCUUUGUGUUUUGAUAGACAACAUCCAAGAUUUGGUCAACAAUGUCUAUCCUGACAUUCAUAACAUAAGUUGUAAGACUCUAUCUUGGUUCAAAGAAAGAGCCAUCCUGUCACCAACCAACGAACAAGUAGAUAAGGCAAACAACUUGAUUCUUGCAAAAAUUGAUACGCAGACGCAAAUAUACUACUCGGUCGAUACUGUUCUCGACUCGGAAGAAGCUGUACAUUUUCCUACAGAAUUUCUUAAUUCUUUGAACCCUUCUGGACUCCCUCCUCAUAAAAUGGAAUUGAAAGUAGGUUGUCCUGUAAUUUUAUUAAGAAAUCUGAAUCCUCCUAAGCUCUGCAAUGGUCUUUCAUAUGCGAUUGUAUGUAGUGGUAGUGGUGGCAGCAGUAGCAGUACAUCGUAUCGUUGA